AUGACUGCUCGAGGUGACUUCAAGACUGCAGCCAGAUUCGCAUGCAAGAUGACACGUCCGGAUUCAGUACGGAGUAUACCCCACCCCGACACACAAAUCAUCAGCAAGCGUCUGGAGAGGCGGCCAGCCUCGUAUUUCGUAUUCAGGUUCCACAGUCGACAUCUCGUCGAGUUUAUCAACCCUUUGAUAAGAGAUGCCAGCAUGUCACUUUCCGUCCCGCCUGUCACUUGUUCCAUCUCCUGCCUGUGUGGUGGCACAGCUCAAGAGAUCGCUCUAGAUCCGCUCGUGAGACCGUCGUUGUCGCAAGUCUGUCACUGCAACUCCUGUCGCUACACCAGCGGGCUGCUGUGUUCGUCAUAUCUCGUCUUGAACUCUCCCCCAAUCCUAAGUACGAAUCUGAAGAAAUAUACGCAGUCAAAUAAUGUCAGUCGCUGGUUCUGCGCAACCUGUGGCGCCCACGUCUUUGCGCAUGCGAAACACAACAAUAGAUACUUGGUUGCGGCAGGCUUGCUGACGACGCCAGACAUCGCCCAGACAGAGUCUGUGCAACAUUGGGGUGUCAAGGAUACCAAUGACGGUGGGUUGACUGUCUUUCUCGCAGGAUCAAGAGCGAAUGAGACAGGGCUGUGCUGGCUUGAGGCCGGUAAAAUCAUCAGUGAAGAGCGUUUACAGCAGAUAUCAUCGAAUCGGGAAGAUGCCGGCCACCUAAAUAGUGACCGGCUCCACGCCCGGUGCCAUUGCGGAGGCAUAGAAUUCUAUGUGACUGCUCCAGAUGUUUCAUCGAGCAAGGCGUCAUCUCCUUGGCCCGAUCUACUUGUUCCUUACCACUCAGCAUCACCAGAUAAUCCGCAAGACGUGAAGUGGUGGCUUCGAGCCGGGAAUACAAAGUACUUGGCUGGGACUUGCGCCUGCACUUCGUGUCGACGAGCCAGUGGACACCCUAUCCAGGCCUGGGCUUUCAUUCCCAAAUCCAAUAUAUUCAAGACCAACUCUUCGUCGCUCUCAUUCGAUCUGGGAACGCUACAACGGUAUGAAAGCAGUCUAGGGAUUUUCCGAGAAUUUUGCAACCGAUGCGGAGCGACAGUCUUCUGGCAUUGCCAAGAAAGACCCGGCGUGAUUGAUGUCAGUGUCGGACUGCUGCGAUCCACGAGUGGUGCGAGAGCAGAGGAAUGGCUGGAAUGGGCCACUGACAGGGUGAGUUUCUCCGAAGACGCGCAUAACAAGCUUUUGAUCCGCCUGUUGGAGACGGGGUUGCAGGCGUGGAAAGGGAAGAUUUCCCAGACUUGA